GUAAGACUUUGUGUACAGUACAGUAAAUUUUAUUUCCGUUUUACAACCAUACUUUUCAAAAUAACCACCCACAUUUGUAGUGAUAACAACCCUGUGAUGUGUUGACGCUAUCGUAUCUCAUUCGUUUCCUUAAAUCGUUGCAAGAAAAGAUAAAAUUGUUUUUAAGUUACAAAGUAAUUCGUUACUCAUGAAGUGUGGUUAAUUAUUGUGAAAAAUAAAAUCCCUAAAUUCAAGUAAUAUAUUUCUUUAUAAAUAAGAACCCAAGAACAAUUUAAACUCAGUUACUUUGGUGAAAGAAAUUGAACGGUGCGCAAAAAAUACAUGUGCAGUUUUUUCGUGGUUGGUGUGUUUAGUAUCCAAAUUUGUUAAUUAAAAUGCAUGACGAGACUCUUCAUUUUGUUUUUCCAAAAAAACACAGAACUCCUGUAGAUGAAGUUGUCAAAGGAGUAACGAAAAUAAUAAAAGAUUUCACAUCCAUAACACCAACAGAAAUGUCAGAAACAACCGUCAUAAGCACAACCCCAACUGGCACAACCACUGCAAUCUCAACAACAACUCUACCCAGCGUCAGUGAAGUUAUGGAUGGCUUAACUAAAGAAGUAGGCGCAGCUCUAGAAACUACGACUGAAAAAGUCCUGGAAACAACAAUUCCCUCUGAAAGCUUUUCAACAACUUUAAAAACUGUCUAUGAAUACGUAACUGAAACCACAACAAUGCCAGUAACGGAACCAAGUCUUUCAGAAACAACAGCAACCACGAUUAAAAACAUAAUUGAAGUUUCAACAGAUGCCUCAGCAAUACCAGUAACAACCACAGGUGUCACCUUAAGCGAGGCCACAACAUUUGAUUCCAUUAUUGAAACUGCAGCAACCACAAUUAAAAGCGUGAUCGAAACAUCCAAUGAUGCACAAGCUAGCACUUUACGAAGCAUCACCGAAGUUCCUACAAACGCCAUCGUUAGUCAAGAAACAACAUUUCCAACAAUAAGUAUAUCAUCAUUAAGUAACAAUGUAAUAAUGAACGCAACGGAAUCAGUCACCGAAAUGAUCAACACCAGUCAAGCUGCAACGGAAAUUGUAACAUCAGCUGCGACGGAGGCUACGUACCACAUCAGCGAAGCUACCGCAGAUUAUACUACCCAACCCAAUGAUGUAUUUAGUAAAUUUCCCUUAUUUUCAGAGACAACUACAGAAAUCUUUUAUAAUCAACCUGAAGAAUUUCAAUCGAAAACUGUCUGGAUUGUUCUGGGUGUAUUUAUUGCAAUGCUCAUAAUAGUUAUUAUCGGUUGCGUUGCUGCUUGCAAAUUUCACAAACACCGAAAAAAUAAAUGCAGAGCCUACGAUGUAACGCAGUUAAAAGAAGUCAGCACAUCCACAAUGAAAAGUAGCAGUCAGUCUGAUGAUUUUGGCUCCAAGAUAUAAUUCGUUUUUGCCAUUUUUUAUAGGAAAACCAUUUCUAAUUUUUUAUCGUGUAUUCUUAUUCAUAUGUCUAUUGUUUUACUACUUUAUACACGUAUGUUGAUACUAUUAUUUAUUUAUCUAUUGAGUAGAUUUAAAUGUUUAAGCAUGCAAACUAACAUAUAUUUACUUACUGUUUGUUAAAAAAUAAAUUAUUAAUUACCUCA